GCUCAAAUAUGGACGGAUUCCCAACACGCCUUCCAGGCGUCCCACUGCGUCUAUUCACCUCCUUCUGUCACAGCCCUUCAGGCAUCCUCGUAUACAUCGAGACUUGUUUCCGUUAACCAUUGUUGUCAGUCAUGGACGACGGGUCCAAAGUCGAUUCAUCUGAAUCUUCGUAUGUGGCGUCGCAAGCGCAAUCUCGAACGUGCCCCGUCUGCGAGCAACCAAUUGCGUGGCGCCUGCUGGGUGAUGCAAUCCAUGUUUGCUACACCCAAACGAUCACCCAGACGGUCCAUUACAUCAGGUACAACCCAUUAGAUUCUCCUGCGGCUGAACGGGCCCGGAUAGAACGGUCCUGUGUGGACAGACAACCAAGUAGUUUUGUAUGGCUUCGGUAUAACUCACAGGUCGAUCAGGGGAUUGGAGAAUCCAGGCGAUUGCUUUGUAUUUGCUGUCAUUGUUUCGUUGCUAGCUUUCAACCUGCUCUUUAGCUACCACAAGCUCGUUAUUUUAGAUCAUUUGCAAUGGACCAUAAAGUCCGCGAGGUACAACGGUGAUGACCAAGACCUAGUCCCAUCAUCGU